AUAUGCACGCAUUGCAUUGUUCGUCUUCCAGCAUCAAAAUCUGUCUCAAAGAUAAAAGAAAAAUGCCUCGUUAGUACAAGGUUACAAUGCCUCCAUGAUGCCAGUCGACUAGGCUUCAGUUGGUGUCAUGUUCGUGUCCUGGGAGGAUCACAUGCACAAUUACCAAAUGUCACCCAAGAACUCGUUUCAUAACGUUAUACCAAAGAUAUCCGUACAUUCACGUUUUACCUCCCAGGGCCCUUACGCAUCGGGGUUCCUCCCUUUAGAAAUUAUACCUGUACAUUGCUGCACGCUCACGCCUCCAACAUCACAUCACAACGGGGACGAUGUCGAGAUGUCACAGCUCUCAACAAAUUCAACCAUUGUUCAGGGGCAAUGUUUCAUGUUUGACAUUGAUGUUGACAUGUUACGCCCCAGGCUCGUGAAGACGGUCAAGUUUCCAAUGUCAUCAUUCUUACGUCCCUUUAAUAGUGCUUGUUGCGGCAGCAGAGUAGGAGCAGGAUGUCUAGCUGAAAAUUAUAACCUACAUCCUACAAUUGUUUUUAUUUCAACCUGUGUUAUAUGCUGGUCAUUUGAAGCUUGUUUGUGCUAUAUGUUGCAAUACACACUUGCGUCACUAAUUAUCUACGUACUUACAUGCAAGGAAACAGAACCCAAAACUUGUAGCAAACUAGAAAGUCAAUCAUUGUAGAAGCUCUGUGAAAGACUCCGAAGCAAUCAGAU